GGAUGCGAGCCGGUUCAGAUGCAGGCCGUCGCCGUCUCCAUCCAGAAACAGCAGGAGCCGCUCACGUUCCAGAUCAGGACGCUCGGUCAGUCUGAGCGUGGAUGAUAAAAGGGAACUCCUCAAGGCUGCGAUCGGCAAUGUCGUGAAGGUCCUUGGAACGGAGAGGCUGGAACUUCCGGAGAGCGUGAAACCAAUCCUGGCAGAGCGGUCGGAGUCCGAACAGUCGGAGUCGGAGCAGGUGUCACCAGAGCCAGAGACAAGGGUGAGACAAGACCCUGAAAAGACUCCAUCACAGAGCAGUGAGGUGGACCCUGAUGAUAUGUCCAGCCCAAAGAUGUCUCCAAAGAGGAAAAUCAUCUCUUUCAGCCUUAAUAAUUCAGUGGUCAAACCAACAGUAACGGCUCCGUCUUCUGCUAAGGUAACUCCAAGAGUGGACAGUUAUGAAAGCAGGAAGCCCUAUGGCCACUGGGUUCCAGUCAAAUCAGGCCGGACCAACGCACGCAAACACACACUCAGCACCUUGUUACGCUAGUGUGGCAGAGUACAUGGACACUGUGAAUACUGUAAAUAUAUUGUACAUAUAUUGUUCCAUCUUUUCACGGCCGUUUUCUUUCAGAUGUUAAAGAUUUAAGUGGGAGGAAGUGAAGAAUUCGUUCAGGUGGGAUUAUUUUUUUCCCUUUGUGUAUUGUGUUAAAGGAUUCAUUAAAGAUAUUUAUUUGAUUAAAAAAAGGUG